GUUGAAAUGAUGUUAAACUGAAAUAAAACCAUUUCCACGAUUUCAAAUUUUACUUUAUGCAUGCGCAGCACUGAAUGAGCACGUGCUCAUGAUUGUUCAAAUCCUGCAAUUUGAUUGGACGUCAUAUAGCCUAAUGGGGAAUCCCAGAAUACAAUAGAAUAUGGAAGAAUUGUGGGAGCUACUCACUUCUUCUGCCCUUGGCCAAUCAAUAUUUAAUCUACAAGUACAGGGCCAGAGGUAUUCUCAUAUUGAAAAUAAAGAGGAGGAAAUAUCAGGUGUUGAGAAACGAUUGGAUAGGAUUGAAAGAUCUCUGAGGUUGGAGACAUUGACGGAUGAAGAAAGAAAUGAUCUGAUAAAAGAAGAGAAAGACCUAGAAAAGAAAUUAAAAUCUCACAAAACAGAAAUGAAUGGACUUAGAAAAGAAAACUUUAAAAAUAUGAUAUUAUCGGUAUUAAUCCUGAUUAUGAUUUACAUAACAUAUGACACUGUGAAGAACUAUUGAUAUCAGAUCAUACAUUUUCAUUAUUUAUUCAUACAAAGUCACGGAUGAAUGGGACCAUUUAUGGAUGAAUGAAACAUAACUGUUACAAAAUGAGAGUCAUAAUAUAAGAAUAAUGCAGAGGAAUUGAAGGAUGCCACCAUUUUACACUGUUUUGUUGAUUUAUGCAAUGGAGCAUGGCACUGAGUCAUUCAUGCAAUUAUUGUAUGCAUACAAUUGUAUGUAUGAGCGUGAAAAUAUUCAAUUUAUUUUAAUAUUUUGUAUGUAUUUUAAACUGAUAAAUAAAUAUACUGAGUAUGGCAGCAUAGAAAAGUGAGAAUUCAGCUUGUUUUAACCUACAUGAACCAUUUGGGGUUUCUAAUCGUGUGCGUGAUGUCACAAACUCACAAUAUAGAAAAUUUCCCCCUUAUCAUAACCAUUCGAGAUUUCUAAAAAAAAAUUUGCCUUUGAAUGGCAUAAAAGAAUGAAAUAGAAACUAAAUAGUAUUUUCUCUAAGACAAAAGGGCCAAUUCCAUGUAAAUACAAGGUUUCAUGAUAUACUGUACAAUAAGAAAAAUAAGAGGUUUCCAAAAAUAAUGAGAAAUAAUGUUCC